UCAUACCAAAACAGUUCCAAAUAUGAAGUCUUUCCACUUCAUUUUUGCUGUGAUAUUUUCAUUGUCGUCAGCCAUUGUUUUAGCUGAUGCUAAUGAGAAAUUCGUCCAUUGCUUUUCAUCUCUUCAUCCCCAAGAUUCAUCCUCCAUCGUUAUUCAUACACCAAAUAACUCUUCAUAUUCAUCUGUUUUGGAUUCCACAAUUCGAAACUUUCGAUUCGCUACACCGACAACUCCGAAACCUUUGGUCAUCGUGACACCAUCCACAGUUUCCCAUAUUCAAUCAACAAUCCAUUGUUCCAGAAAACACGGACUCCAAAUUAGAACUCGAAGCGGAGGCCAUGAUUUCGAAGGUUCCUCGUUUGUUUCUCGAGUUCCGUUCGUCCUUGUUGAUAUGGUCAAUCUCCGAUCUAUCGAUAUCGAUGUCGAAAACAAAGUCGCAUGGAUUCAGUCCGGUGCGAUUCUCGGAGAAUUAUAUUACAAACUUGUUGAAGAAGCCGAUACACUUACGUUUCCAGCUGGUUUAUGCCCCACUGUUGGGAUUGGAGGGUACAUGAGCGGAGGUGGAUACGGGCUAUUGUUCCGAAAAUACGGUCUGGCGACGGAUAACGUAAUCGAUGCACAACUUGUGGAUGCUAAAGGGAGACUUCUGGACAGAAAAUCGAUGGGGGAAGAUUUGUUUUGGGCGAUUCGAGGCGGCGGCGGAGGAAGCUUCGGGAUCAUUGUUUCAUGGAAAAUACAAUUGGUUCCGCUUCCUAAGAUUGUGACUUUAUACACCGUGAAUAGGAUCUUGGAACAAAAUGCCACACAAGUGGUUCAUCAAUGGCAAUCCAUUGCUCACAAGCUUCCAAUCGAGUUUUACUCCGGAAUCACCUUUGCACCCAUCCAUAUCGAUCAAGGCUCCACGAAGAAGAAGACGGUCGUGGCUUCCUUCCACGCAUCGUUCCUCGGCACCAUCGACGAGCUUCUUCCGAUAAUGCAAGAGAGAUUCCCGGAGCUAGGAUUGGCAAGAGAAGACUGCACCGAAAUGAGUUGGCUUCAAUCCAUUCUCUACAUGGGACUACUCCCAAACGACACCUUAAACAUUUUGCUCGACAGAACUCACCAAAACCCUCUUUUGAGCCCUUCGUUCAAAUCGAAAUCCGAUUACGUGAUCGAACCGAUUCCAGAAACCGCAUUCGAAGGUGUCUGGGAAAGUCUUAUGGAAGAAGAAGCACACUCAGCCACCAUAAGUUUGAUUGCUUAUGGAGGCAUAAUGGAUCAAAUUCCAUCGACUGCAAUUCCAUAUCCUCAUAGAGGUGGAAUCCUUUACAAGAUCGUAUACAGCGUGGGGUGGCCGGUGGAAGAUAACGGCAGAUCGGAAUGGUAUGUGAAUUGGACACGAAGGCUUUACGAUUACAUGGCUCCUUUCGUUUCGAAAUCUCCACGACGGGCUUAUAUUAAUUACAGAGAUGUUGACAUUGGGAUGAACGAUGAGAAUGGUCAAACAAGUUAUGAAGAAGCAAAGGUUUGGGGUGUCAAAUAUUUCAUGGAUAAUUUUGAGAAGUUGGCUCGAGUGAAGACCAUGAUUGAUCCUCAAAAUUUCUUCAACCAUGAACAAAGCAUCCCUGUUUUACCUUCUUCAUCCAAGAUGGAACUGUAAAACGUCUCUUCUUCUUUCUUAUUUUUUUUACGUUGAUUAAAUCGUGCGAAAGUGUUUGAACUGCAAUAGAAAAAUAAUUUCAAACACAGCCACAUGUAGGGAUUAAACCCACUUAUAUCUUCCUCCC